AAAAUACUGAUUUUAGAUUUCAUUUCGAUAUUUAGGCCUGCACAUAAACUGAACAAAAAUUAAAGUUUUUACCUAAAGUUUAAGAUAAACGUAAAAUUAAGUGAAACAUAGAAAAAAAGACAAUGUUCCCGUACAACACUGCAUUGAGAUUUCCACCACAACUGAACUCAACAUAUUAUCACCCAUUUCUAAUACGCAACGGUGAUCCGCUAUCGCCGCUAGAUCUUUCGCUACGAAAUCCAGUACCAAUAACUCCACCAACAACUCCUUCCCCGCCACGAAAACGGUCCAGAAGCAAUGGUUUUCAGGAACAUUUUCAACUACUUCCAUUCAACGGACAUAUGUGGCGAGGCAAAGGUGUUGAUGAACUCCAGCCUGACCCCGAGUUGACGGAAUGGCAGCAAAAGAACGAGCAUACGGAGGAAGAAGUCGAUCGAAAAGAUCACAAAAAUGCAUUUGUGAAUUCGACGGAUUUUACUAAAAUAAAUAACGGAGACGUGUUCAUCGGUCGUGAUAGGGAUGAAUCUCAAAAUGUGUCCAAAAAUACGAGUUUAUCAGACGAUCUAGAAUUGAACGUCGAAAAUUCAACACAUUCGGACGAAGAAGAUUAUUACAUUGACGUGAUUAGCCAAGACGAUACGAAAAGUAUCGAUAUUUGUGAUGAAUCGGACGAACAAUGCAAACUGGAUGAUAGCGUUAAGAACAGUAUAUCUGUGUGUUCGAGUGAAUGUGACGAUUCACCAGUCCAUGAACCAUUGUCGCGCAAUAAGGUCGUUUACGAGGACUCAAAACAGCACUAUCAAGCACUCGAAGGUUUUGCAAAACUUUUCGAAAAGAAUUUCGGUAAAUCAACUAGUAGCCAAGUGAACGAUCCAGUUAAAUGUGAAAAAUCGUUUGAAAGCAAAAUCGAAAAACGAAAAUUGAAGAUCCGAAAACAACCACUUGACGACGAUAACUCUAGCCCGGUGUCCGGAACGAUAAUUCGAAAAUUAAGACACGAUGAAGAGUUGGUGGUCCGUAAAGGUGAUAUAGAUCCUGCAUUUAAUGUCGUGGAAAUAACGGAGGAAGCGAAAAUGAUAUUAGCUAGUAUCGAUAAUCAGAUCGGCUCAUACAUAUGUCAACUGUGCCGUGCAAUGUAUGACGAUGCAUUUCAAUUGGCGCAGCAUCGGUGUUCUAGAAUCGUUCACAUUGAAUACAGGUGUGCUGAAUGUGACAAGGUGUUUAACUGUCCUGCUAACUUGGCCUCGCACCGAAGAUGGCAUAAACCGAAAGUGGUAAACAGUCCCCGAAAAUCAGCCCCGUCAACAGCUAGCGAAAUUUCGAAAGAAGUGGAGUCAAUCACUACUGAAAAGCAACCUUCUGAUGUGCCGAACAAUGGCUUUCCUUGCAAAGAAUGCGGUAAAACAUUUCGCAGUUACAGACUGGCUUACUUGAAAAAGCAUUCGAUUUCCCAUCAAGUCGUUUCGAGUAAAGAAGCUGUUGUAGACACAAUGCGAACUCAACAAUUACCUUUUCGAAGCUACCAGUCUGGACGUUAUUCUAACAUUUUCCCGGAAUUCGAUAAGCGUUUAAACUCAUUUCAACAAUUCUAUUUUCAACAAACUGAGCGCAUGUCUGCAUUUCAAUAUGUUAGAGACCAUGCCAUCGAAGGAUAUAUGAAGAGAAAUACUCAGCUAUCGCAACUUCCACAACUACCACUUUGUGCAGCAAAAUGACAACCAAUAUUUCGGCCUGUUCCACGAAUGGCUGCUGCUCAAUGGCCUCAGAUACCAGACUUCAACAGUACAUUUGUCAGCAAUCAGCCGAAACCACAUGCUUUACGUACCAAUGCCAGCAACACAAACAUUUGAGUGAAUUUAUUUUGAUGGAAAUGUUCCUUCUUAUCCGGAAGAUCGGCCUGUUUUUAAAACACAGCAUUUACAAAAUGAAACCAAAUAUGCAAUAUUGGUCAGUCCACGUAUUGAAAGAAAAUCAUUGCGAUAUAUAGUUAUGGCGAAUAUACACGUUUAAGAAAACUAUGAAGAAUGUAUUUUAACAAUAAAAGUCACAGUUUAUGUGCACCACAAAU